AGGGAAAUUUGACAUUUCCUUUAGGGUGAUGAAGGGCAUAGGCUUACAUCUUUUGCAAAUAUGUUUCUGUGUUUCUUUGUCAAACAGUUUGACAGACAAAGAAAUAUGGAAAUUAAGGGAAGAGGUGCGAGGCAUGUUUUAUCAUGCUUAUGAUGGGUACAUGAAGUAUGCCUAUCCAUAUGAUGAGCUGCGACCACUGUCCUGUGAUGGACAUGAUACCUGGGGCAGUUACUCCCUCACACUCAUUGAUGCCCUAGACACUCUAGCAGUGAUGGGGAACAAGACAGAGUUCCAGAGGGUUGCCCAUCUCAUCACACAAAAGGCCAACUUUGAUGUUGACAUUAAUGUUUCUGUCUUUGAAACAAACAUUAGGAUUGUAGGUGGUCUGCUCAGUGCUCACCUCAUGUCAAGAAAGAUGGGUGUUGAUGUAGAACCAGGAUGGCCAUGUAAAGGACCACUUUUAAGAAUGGCCAAAGAUAUGGCAGACAGACUUUUACCAGCUUUCGACACCCCUACAGGAAUGCCUUAUGGAACAGUGAACUUGAAAGAUGGAGUGCCAGAAGGAGAAACCACUGUAACAUGUACAGCUGGGGUUGGGACAUACAUUGUAGAAUUUGGUGCCUUGUCCAGACUUACUGGUGAUCCUGUGUAUGAAGAGGUGGCUUUGCGUGCACUACAUGCUGUGUGGGAUCAUAGGUCUGCAAUUGACCUUUUAGGCAACCAUGUUGAUGUCUCAACAGGAAGAUGGACAGCACAGGAUUCUGGGAUAGGAGCCGGCAUAGAUUCUUACUUCGAAUAUCUUGUGAAAGGAGCAACUCUUCUUCAAAGACCAGAACUAAUGGCAAUAUUUAACCAAGCAAGAAUUGCAGCAGAUAAGCAUCUACGCCAUGACGACUGGUAUUUGUGGGCCACAAUGACAAAAGGGCAUGUGACAAUGGCAGUUUUUCAGUCUCUUGAAGCAUAUUGGCCAGGUGUCCUGUCUCUAGUGGGUGAUGUAAAUUCAGCCCUCAAGAUUGUAUUCAAUUACCAUCAAGUUUGGAAGCAGUUUGGCUUUACUCCAGAAUUCUACAACAUUCCAAGGGCUGAAGCAUCAGUCAACCGUGAAGGUUAUCCACUGCGACCAGAGUUAGUGGAGUCAUUGAUGUAUUUAUAUAGAGCUACAAAGGAUGAAACCGUUCUUCAGAUGGGUGCAGAUCUUGUGGCAAGCAUUCAGCAUACUGCCCGUACUGAAUGCGGUUAUGCUACGGUGAAAAAUGUAAACGACCACACUUUGGAGAAUCGUAUGGAAAGCUUUUUCCUUGCUGAAACAACAAAAUACUUGUUCCUGUUAUUUGACACUGAAAACUGGAUUCACAAUGCAGGAGAAAGAGGUCAAGUGCACAGAGUUGGUGAAAGAGAAUGCAUUGUUGAAGGUGGAGGCUAUAUUUUCAAUACAGAGGCUCAUCCAAUUGACCCAGGUGCUCUUGCUUGCUGUUUCACAAAAGAGGAUGAUUGGUCCCUCUCUGUAGCAGACCAAGUUGCAUUGAUUUUGGAUCCAGCAGCACCUUGGAAGAAACAUGUUGGGCAUAAGAUGAAACCCCCCAGGAGUGUGAAAAAUGAAGAGGAGUGCAGUGAAAAGGAGAAGAGUAAAGACUUAGAGAAAGAGGAAUCACAACCAGAAUCAGAAGGUGAAUUAGAGACUGUUCUAAUGGUAAAGGAAUCCACCCCUGGUAAGGAUAUUCAGGAUGACAAUAAAGCACCUGAGACUGAUGCUGAAGACUCUGGCUCAACUGUAGAAGUGGAAGUUGACAUUGAGAAGAUUCCAGUUGACAAAAAGUCUGUUGUUGAUGCAGUAAAAAAGGCAUUCGAUACAGAAGAAAAUGAGGAAAUGGCUGAUGAUAUUGUGCAUGUUAGUGUAGAGAGUGAGAAAAAUGGUAGCCAUAAUGUCAAGGUGAAGGAAAGUGAUUUGAGUCACGAAAAAGAGGUCAAAGAAGAGGAAUUACCACAAGAGGAGGGAAUAAUAGAAGAUACAGAAAAACCCAAAACAAUAAAGAAAGAAGGUGGGCCCAGAUUUUCAUCUUUGAGUGAAACUGUUGAAAGAGGUCUUGGAGGCAACACAUCAGGUAUGGAAGCUGCAGAAAUAACCCCAAGUGUAUCCAGUUCAAAAUACACUACCAAUUCAGGCACCCCUCGUAUUGUGCCAGAACCAAGCGAACCAAAUAUAGAACACUCCAUAAAAAAAAUAUUCAUUCUAGAGGAUCUCAAAGAGCGCCUAAUCACUGAUCUCAAUGAAUAUAGAAACUUUACACUAUCCAGUAGUUAUUCCCUCUUAUCCUGUGAACAUCCUCCUUUCAUAAACAUGAUUAAUAUAAAGGGGCAAAUGUUUAAUCCAUGAUUAUAUUUUGAUGUAUAUGGAUAGCUAUUUAUUUUAAUAUAUAUAAAACAAUGAAUACUAUAACAAAUGUUUUGUUAUUCAUUAUAUGAUUGUACAGCCUUUUCCAGACACCUUAUGAAUUUAACAAGUACUUGAAAACUGCAAGUAAAGGUGAGAGCAUAAAUUUAAUUUCUUAAUUUUUUGACAGAAUGAACACUGCUCGAAGAAACCUAGUAGUGUUGCUUUAUUUUAUAAAAAUUAAAGAGGGAAACAUGUAUGUUGUCAUUAUGUGAAUGUAGAGAUUUAUAAAUUUAUUGAUAGAUAAGGGAGAGAAUGGAAGUACAGGGAUUUUUUUUAAAUUGAAUGAAUAGAUUUUGACUUUCAGUGUUUUUAUGAAUAAAUAAAAAGAUUUUUUUUAAUGUCAUGGAAGUAUAUUGAUAGCAGUGAUCAUGUGAAGGAAUCCACUAAUGUGUAUCUUGCUCAAACUUUGUACACUCACUCACAAUCUUACACACACACUCACACACUCACACUCACUCACUCACUCACUCUCACUCUCAUCUCACUCUCACUCUCACUCUCACUCUCACUCUCACUCU